AUGUUCGUCCAGUCCAACAAGGCCACUGGUAGGUUCAACUCUCCGUCAGGCAUACGACCUGGCAAAGUGUCUUUCGGCCGGCCCAUCAUCAACCCCGAAGUUCUGCAGGACGUUCUCCUCCGGGGCUCGCCUGUCGCUUCCGAAGCGCCUCUACGCCGCUCAUCGGUGGCUGAGCACCAGGAGAGGCCCCGAGCUCCGCAGGGACCAGGGAUUCUGGUCGGAGUCUUGGAAAAGCGAGGUACUUCGACUGAGCCGUCGCUUGCGCGUCGAGGAUCGUCCGGUGUCGAGCUCGGAAGGCUCCAGGAGGAGAGACGGAUCGGAGCGGCGCGCCGCCUACCCAAGAAGACUGCUCAGAUGGAUUGGGUAAGAGCAGCAGUCCCGGAUCAGCUCAAGGAGGUCGGACCGAAGAUGGCGGUCAGUCUUCGCAAGGACGAAGAUAUUAAGCUUAAAGUUUCUGCGCAAGCUUGGAAACCGAGGAGAGCUGCGACCGAAAGUGUCGACGAGCUGCUCUUCAGGAAAUUCAGGAGCAUCCUCAACAAGCUGACACCAGAGAAAUUUGAGGCUCUCUUGACUCAGGUGAAGGCGUUAGAGAUAAAAUCUCAAGAACAACUCUCGCACAUCACCAGUCUCGUCUUGGACAAGGCGCUGGACGAAACUCAUUUCGCGCCCACCUACGCGCAGCUGUGCAACACCCUUCUCAGGGAGUUUUCUGUGGCGAGUGAAGGAGAUCCGAAGAAGCGAGUCAACUUCCGACAACUCCUGCUGCAGAAAUGUCAGGCGGAGUUCGAGAAGGAUACCGCUGCGAGCAAAGAGCGGGAAAACGAGCUCAAGAGGGACCGCAAAGCUCAACUUGCGGCCUGCAAAUCGAAACUGGAGCGGAAGGACCUCCAGGAGCUCUUCGACGAGGCUGAUCAGAAGUCGAAGAGACGCUCUCUCGGUCUCAUGACGUUCAUUGGGCAGCUCUACAAUCUAGGCGUUCUCAGCUACGCCAUCAUGCAUGAGUGCUUCCUGAAGCUGCUGAAAACGUCCGAUGACGAGGCUUCCGUCGUUUGUGCGUGCAAGCUUUUCACGACGGUUGGCAAAAAGGUUUCCUCGGAGGGCAAAGGAGGAGGUCGAGAAGCCGCCAAAACGGAAAAGAAAUUCAGCAUGCUACUCCACAGGCUCAGGAACCUGAUCUCGUUGAAUAAAAAAGCGCGUAAAUCCCAUGCGAAACAUCUGCCGCAGAGGAUAAUCUUCAUGAUGGAAGACGUCUGUGAGCUCGAGAAGAAUUGCUGGGUGCCGAGGAUCAGAAUACAGGCCCCGAAAACGUUGGGAGAAAUCAAAGAUGAAGCUGAUCGCGAGAAGCACGUCGCACGACUCCAACCGGACCUCGACAGCGAGAAGAGGACCAGCAGCCCGAAAGCAAUCGGCGAGCCCCGCCCCGGACAAAGACCGAUAGCUACCAAGAAGAACGGGGUCACCUACAACCUGACCAAAGAAGAAUUCCAUUCGAUUACGCUGCCACGAUCAGCGUUCCCGUUUGCCCCAGAGACUACGCCGCGCAAAUGGACUUCUGGCGUCCGCGGUUGA